CCCGGCCUGGGCUCCGUCCCCGGGCGCCCCCAGCGGGGACGCAUCUGCACCGCGCGCCGCAGCUGGACUGUGCGUCACAGCUGGACCGCGCGCGACAGCUGGCCAGCCAUGGGGACAAGAGCGCUGCGGCACCCCUACUUUUUUCCACUGCUGCUGCUGCUGCUGCUCUGCGGGGAGUCUCCCCCGGUGGGUGGCUGCAAUGAGAAGCGUAUGUUGGCCAUGCUGCCCCGCUGUGGCAAGACCUUCGCCGAAAAGAUGAAGAAGGUAGAGGUCUGGAAGUGGUGCAACCUCUCGGAGUUCAUCGUGUACUACGAGAGCUUCACCAACUGCACGGAGGUGGAGACCAACGUGGUGGGUUGCUACUGGCCCAACCCCUUGGCUGAGAGCUUCAUCGCCAGCGUCCAUAGGCAGUUCUUCCAAAACUGCUCGGUGGACAGGCAAGACUGGGAGGACCCCCCAGACGAAAUUCUUAUCCCGCUGAUCACCGUGCCUGUCCUGCUGACCAUCGCCAUGACUGGUGUGGUGGUGUGGCGCAGCAAACACACCGAACAGGUGUUGUGAGGGCCUGGUGAGCCCGAGGGGCCAUGCCUGGAGAGAUGGAAGAAAGUUCUGCAGGGCUGAUUGAGCUGGUGCUUCAGCUGCCCCUGAACCUUGCCCCGGUGGUCUUGGGCUGGUGAUAGAGAAAACGUGCUGUGGCUGGAGCUUGUGUGCUGGGCACAGAUCACCGCUGCUUCACCUGCGCUGUCCCAGGCUGGGCUGGGGCCUCUGGUGUUCCCAGUACCAAGUCCCUUAGGGUCCUGCCCUGGCCUGACCUUGACCCUGCUUCCCAACUGACUCUACCCCUGACCCCACCCCUGGUCCUGGCCCCACCUCGUACUCUGACUCCACCCCCAGCCUUGGUCCCACCUCCUAUUCUGAUUUCACCUCCUACUCUGACCCCACCUCCUAUUCUGACUCCACCUCUCACUCUGACUCCACCCCAGCCCUGACCCCACCUUCUACUCUGAUACCACCCCCAGCCUUGGCCCUACCACAGUGUCUCUGCUCUGAAAAGGUGUGCCUAUUCCCACCCGACUCCAGUACUCUUGCCUGGAAAAUUCCAUCGAUGGAGGAGCCUGGUAGGCUUCAGUCCAGGCGGUCGCAAAGAGUCGGACACGACUGAGCGACUUCACUUUCUUUCAUUCCCACCUGUCUGGGUGUGGGGCAGUAAAGAGUGUGGGAGGGGGCUUUUGUGGGUCCUCGCUUUGCAGGCCUUGGGUCCUCUUGAUGGGGAGCCCACUUAGAGAGAAUCUGGAAGACAGAAUUGAACUGGGAGCUCCAAGGAGCCACAGGAUAGCUUGCGACGUCCGGUCUGUGGCCGCAGCUGGUGUGGGCCUCCUUGGUAAUGGGCCCCUCUGUGAGCAAGGCCUCGGAGUAGGGGCCUUGUGCGCUCUACUGGCUGAGCUCUGUCUGCUGUGCCUUUGCUUUCUGUGAGUAAAGAGACAUGCUACUUC